UGUCCUACACAGGGACACACAUACAAACACAGACUCUUGCACACAACUAGCCAUCAGGCUGGCCAAUAUGGACUAUGAGCCCAAGCGAGCCAAGAAGGGCUUUGUAAAGCACCUGGUGUUCCCUAAAUCUAGCCGGCGACAGGCAAACAAAGGCAAUGUGUACCGUAGACCCCUUCACACUGUCCCCCUCUACCCACCUGACUACCUCAUCCACCCAGAGAGACUCAUCUACGACUAUGUGGAGAAGGAAGUCAAGUUCCUGGGACACUUGACAUGGGUGUCAUGUUCCCUGAACCCUUCGAGCAGAGACGAGCUGCUGCAGCCUCUGGACACAGCCAGGAAACUGAGGGUUUUGCCUCUGAAGGCCAGUGUGGAGCAGGACUGCAUUCUCAGCCUCUCUGCUCGCUGUCUGCUGCUUACCUGGAGGGACAAUGAAAAACUGCUGCUGAGAAUCCCCACACAUGAAAUCGCUGCUGCCUCCUACCUGCGGGAUGAUGCACUGCACCUACUGGUGCUCAAAACUGGUCUGAAUGUGGACACUGUACUAGCAGGUGACAGUCUGGAGAAAAGGCCCACUGGUUUGGAGAGCCGCAGACAAACUAUAAGCAACACUGACCCCAGGCCUGCAGGGGGCACCAUGGAGCGCCGCCACACCAUCUGUGGUGUGGACUGGAAGCUCUCAUCUCACCAUGAGCCUAAACAGAGCAGCGUUGGACCCACAUUACCGUCUGGCUGCUUUUGUUGGUGUGCAAUAUGUGUGUCUUGUGUAAGAGAGAAAAGCAGAAAGGACGCUGCAGAGGAGUACUGCGCGCUCAUCUGUCAAAUGUUUCAGAUCAUCUAUGGACAUCAGACCAUUGAAUGUGUUGACAGGGCGGGAUAUCACUACACCAUGCCUGACCGCUAUUGGCUACAGAGGAGUGACAGCUGCCUUACCGACAUGACAUAUGGCUAUGACACAGACUUCAGCUGCUGCAGUUCAUAUGAUGGUUCACAGGAAGCAUUUGAUCCGUAUUAUAGUGGGAACUACAGUGAGUCACAUCGAAGCCUGGCCUCACACAGCGACUCUGAGCCCUGUAAUGCCAGUCUGCAGGAGUACAUGAUCAUUUUGAGGAGUAAGCUGAUGCCUCAGGAAAUUCAGCAGUUUGCUCAGUUUCUAAGAGAAUACAGACUUGGUGCUCUGAUAGAGCAGUUCUGCACUGACCUGCUGCAGCUCUAUGGAGACUCACGCAAGUUCCUGCUGCUUGGCAUGAGGCCCUUUAUUCCAGAUAAGGAUGUCGGAGUGUUCGAGACAUUUCUGGAAGACAUUGGGAUCCGAGAGGGUGGGAUUUUGAUGGACAGUUUUGGCCGGAUCAAGCGGAGCAUGAGCAGCACAUCUGCCACAGCAGUCCGUGGCUAUGACGGCUGGACUCUUCCUUCUGGUUCCCAGGAUUUUAACCGCAGAAUUGAUGACAUCACACACAACAUUGAGGCUUUAAGCUUUGAGGAGGGCAACGGAGACAUAGAAGAAGAGGAUUAUUACCUGUGAAACAUACAGAAUGAACUGACAUAUAUAUACAGUAUAUAUAUAUAUAUAAGUCACUGUAUAUUUGAAAUUGCACUGGAGAGUUUUUGAAAACAGGGUUUAGGUCACAUACAGGUGCAUCUCAAUAAAUUAGAAUGUCGUGGAA